AUGCUACUUAUAUCCUCCUGCACAUCACAGGCCUGGUGUUCACACAGGGGAGAAACAUUUUCAUGCACAGACUGUGGAAAGAGUUUCUUGCGGUCUUCUCACCUCAACACACAUCGCCUUAUUCACACUAGUGAGAGGCCGUACUCUUGCAGUCAGUGUGACAAGAGCUUUAAGUCAAAAGCAGAGCUCCAAAGCCACCAGCGUGUUCACACAGGGGAGAAACCAUUUUCGUGCACUGACUGUGGAAAGAGUUUCUCACAGUCUUCUAGCCUCCGUCGGCAUCGCCGCACUCACACUGGAGAGAAACCUUAUGCUUGCAGUCAGUGUGACCAGAGUUUCUCACAGUCUACUCACCUUAAGACACACUUGUUGUCACACUUGAGAGAGUAAAUCAGUUGCUGUUGCACUUCAGAGAAGCCGUACGCUUGCAGCCAAUGUGACAAGAGCUUUAAGACUAAGAAUCUCCUCAUAUUUCACCAACACGUUCACACAGUAGAGAAACCCUUCUCAUGUGCGGACUGUGGAGAAAGCUUUAGGAGGAAAGCAGACCUUAAUAUCCACCAGAGGCUUCACACAGGAGACAAACACGGGGGCUGUGUCAAUGAACAAUCAGUACUGUGA